AUGAUGCGUUCGCGUGUGCUGGAGAGGGCGCCGCUGUUCCCUUCGUCGAACUCUUCGCAGUUCUUCUGCGGGGACGGUGGAAAGAGCAUGAUAUUCUCCCCGGCGGGCUCUCCCACUACGAGGGGCAGCCGGGGGAAGUGGAGGGUCAGACAUCGGGAGAGGAGGGGAACCGUGGUAGUGGCGGCCGCCAUCAGCGAGAAGAUAUUGAUAUUGAGACCGGAGCUGAGUGGGGCUCCGGAGAGGAAGCUGCCGGUGCAGUCCAAGGUGCGCGUUUCGAUGACGGUGAAGAGAAUCAAGGGCGAGAACUGGAAGGAGACGAUUCUGAAUUAUUUCAUCUUCAACCCUUUGGAGGCCCUCGAGGAUAGCCUUGGCCGAAACAUUGUUUUGGAGCUCGUCAGCACAGAUAUCGAUCCAAGUAUGCCUCCCUCUCUCUCUCUCUCUCUCUCUCUCCCCCCCCAUCCUUUCUCACUCUUCUCGGUUGAAAAAAAGAGCUCUGGCUCCUUUUUACUCUAUAUUUGGCCGUAUCAAUUCACCUUUCCCUACUAAUCAAUGAGUGCUUUCCCCUCGGGGAAUCCCAGGAACGAAGCGCCCGAAGAUGAGCCGGGAAGCGGUCAUCAGAGGCUGGUCGGAGAAGAUGAAGACCGGCGCAGACAGAGCCGUCCUCACGGCCGAGCUUACAGUCGACUCGAGCUUCGGGACGCCGGGGGCCAUCUUGGUGACGAAUCGCCACCACAGGGAGUUCUUCCUCGAGAACAUCGUGGUGGAGGGCUUCUUCUCCGGGCCCGUCCACUUCAACUGCCACUCCUGGGUGCAAUCCAGCUGGGAAUACCCAGACAAGAGAGUCUUCUUCGGCGACAAGGUCAGCGAUGUUCAAACCCCUGACCUUUCUACACUCCUCCCCCAUCGUGAGGUAGAAAACUCGGGAAUUGGACGCCUCUGGUUCAUCGUGUCGUCACCUUCAUCGUGUAGCCCUAUCUUCCCUCGGAGACGCCGGCGGGGCUAAGGGAACUGCGGAAUAAGGAGCUGGAGGCGCUCAGAGGGGACGGCCGAGGCGUACGGAAGCUCUCGGACCGGAUGUACGACUACGACAUCUACAAUGACCUCGGCAACCCCGACAGGGGUCACGACUUCGCACGGCCACCGCUUGGUGGCGAGAAACUUCCCUAUCCCCGGAGGUGCAGAACGGGACGCCAGUCGUCGGAGACAGGUGACCAACUGAGAACCGCAUGUCCUCCUUCCUCCGCGCGAUCAGCGCUAAAAUAUGGUCGUGUCUUCGGAGGUGGGCUGACUCCGGCCGUCUGACUAUGGCUUGGUGCAGACUCGUCGGCGGAGAGCAGAGUGGAGGACCCGCUGCCGAUGUAUGUCCCCCGGGAUGACGCCUUCGAGGAGGGUAGGAUGGAGAUGCUGGAGGAGGGGAAUAGGAAGGCCAUGCUUAGAGUGUUUGUGCCUGCCAUCGUCGCGGGCUUCUCUGGCAGCGACUUCGGCGGGUUCCACCACGUCGACAGCCUCUACAAGGAGGGAAUGCGGCUGAAGCGGGGCCUGAAGGAGGACAUCCUCUACAAACUUCCCCUCAUCGGCAAGAUCCAGGAGGUCAGCGAGGGGCAGCUCCUCUUCGAUACGCCCACUAUCCUAUCUAGUAAGCGCCCCGAUGCCUUCGUUUUUUUCAGCGAUGACCACCCACCCACAGUUCAAGCUGCGGUUGACCUGACCUCCGUGGUUCUCCCCUGUUUCCCCAGAGGACAAGUUUGCUUGGCUGCGAGACGACGAGUUCGCCCGGCAGGUGGUCGCCGGCAUCAACCCCGUCAGCAUCGAGAGGUUGGAGGCGUUCCCGCCAGUGAGCAAACUGGACCCCUCGGUCUACGGUCCAGCUGAAUCGGCCAUCAAGGAAGAGCACAUCGUCGGCCACCUAGAGGGCAUGUCCAUCCAGCAGGUACGCCUCAUAUAACCUAAUGGACUCGCCCUCUUUAUCAGAACUUGGAACAGUCUACGAUCAUGGUCAACCAACGCUCACUUCUCUCUCUCUCUCUCUCUCUCUCUCUCUCUGUGUCUGUCACACACACAAACAGGCGUUGGAAGGGAAGAAGUUGUUCGUGUUGGACUACCAUGACGUCUAUCUGCCCUUCCUCGACCGGAUUAACGCCCAGGACGGGCGAAAGUCGUACGCCACUCGCACCGUUUUCUUCCUCACGGCUCUGGGCACCCUCAAGCCCAUCGCCAUCGAGCUCCGUCUGCCUCCCGGGAGCUCCUCCAGUCGCUCCCGGCGGGUCAUGACGCCUCCCACGGACGCCACCACAACUUGGCUCUGGCAGCUGGCCAAGGCCCACGUUUGCUCGAACGACGCCGGAGUGCAUCAGCUCAUCAACCACUGGCUCCGCACGCACGCCAGCAUAGAGCCUUUCAUCCUCGCCGCCAACCGCCAGCUGAGCGCCAUGCACCCCAUCUUCAAGCUCCUCCAGCCCCACAUGCGGUACACCCUCGAGACCAACGCCCUCGCUCGCCAGAUCCUCAUCAACGCCGGGGGAGUCAUCGAAUCCUUCUUCACCCCCGGACCCAUCUCCAUGGAGAUGAGCUCCGCCGCCUACGCCGGCUCCUGGCGCUUCGACCUGGAAGGGCUCCCGGCAGACCUCAUCCGCAGGGGGAUGGCAGAGCCCGAUCCCACACAGCCUCACGGCCUCCGUCUCGCCAUCGAGGACUAUCCCUACGCCAACGAUGGCCUGCUCAUCUGGGACGCUAUCAGGAACUGGGUCAGCAGGUACGUGGAGGCGCAUUAUCCCACCGCGAACCAUGUCGCCUCCGACGAGGAGCUUCAGGCCUGGUACGCCGAGACCGUCCAGGUGGGGCACGCUGACGUCUCAAAUGCCCCCUGGUGGCCGCGGCUGGAUACGCCGGAAGACCUCGUCGGCGUGCUCACUACGCUGGUGUGGCUGGCUUCGGCUCAGCACGCAGCGCUCAACUUCGGGCAGUACCCACUGGGGGGCUACAUCCCCAAUCGGCCGCCACUGAUGAGGCGGCUGAUCCCAGAGGAGGGCGAUCCCGAGUACCAGAACUUCCUCGCUGACCCGCAGCGCUACUUCCUCGCGUCCCUUCCAACGUUGAUGCAGACGACCAUGUUCAUGACGGUCAUCGACACCCUGUCCACCCACUCGUCGGACGAGGAGUACCUCGGGGAGCGGCGGCUGCAGUCCUACACCUGGUCCCCCGCAGUGGCGGAGGCGUUCAACGAGUUUGCCGCCGAGGUAAGGCAGAUCGAGGAGGAGAUCAGCCGACGGAACACCGACUCUCGGCUAAGGAACCGGUCGGGUGCCGGCGUCCUGCCCUACGACCUCCUCAUACCGAGCUCCGGUCCCGGCGCGACCGGCCGGGGGGUGCCCAACAGCGUCUCCAUUUGA